AUGGGGUAUAACAAACCUGAACCUAGUUGCUCUGAUACCAUGAAGACAUUGCAGUCUUGUACAUUGCACGGGAUUAACGAAAUUCUUAUUAGAAUAUCCAAGCUUUUGUUGACGGCAUACAAAAAUAAACUACUAACGUGGAAUAUUGGGGAUGGAAGAAAGGUCAGAGUUUCAUCAGAUAAAUGGGUUCAUGGUAGGGUCCCCGUUUUGGCGUCUAACAUUCGUCUAAUGGAUGCUAAGGUUUGGAAGGAUGCAAACGAAAUACUCUCUGUUGAAUUGCCAUCUUGUCCCACUUCAGAUUUCGUAUAUUGGACUAAGCAUAAGACAGGUAAUUUCACGCUCAAAUCUGGUUACGCAUUUCUGCGGGAAAUUGACAUGCAACAACAUCCACUGAAUCAUCUGGAUAGAAAAAGAUUUCUUCCUUUCUUUAAGUUAUUAUGGGCACUAAAAAUUCUACCAAAGUGGAAAUUGUUUCUUUGGAAGCUGAUACUUAAUGGAAUACCACUCAAAACAAAUCUGGAAAGACGUGGAAUAAUUUUGGAUACAAAAUGUGAUUUUUGCGAGGAAUAUUGCGAAGACGCACAACAUAUUUUCCGCCUUUGCAAAUUGGCUCAAGAUGUGUGGAGGAGUAGUAUGCUAGGCAUACUCUCAAACAUUAAUGAGAGUCUAUCUAUGCAAGAUUGGAUUCUCAAUUAUAUCCAACUUUUUAUAAGCGUGGAUGGGAAGUUCAGUGACAGGGUUGUCACCUUUAUUGCAACGUUAUGGGCCAUAUGGAUAACAAGGAACGAAAGGGUUUUCCGUUCAAAUGCUGGAGACAUUACUGUGUUUCAGAUUCAGUUUAAGCUUGCCUUAGAACAACACAAUGUGUUCAGGGGAAAAGAUGAUGGUAAUUUGGGUUUUCUACAUCCUCCAGAGCAUAAGCAAGAUUACCCGCCAAGAUUUUACUUUGCAAAUAUAGGUAUGGAAAUUACUUUACCAACGUCAACAACAGUUAUUCUUAUAGAUGGAGCAUGGAAUAAAGAUACGUUCAGAGCAGGAAUGGGUUGGGUUCUUAAGCAACGACAAUCUGACGACAUGGAAAUCAUUGGGGGUUGCGAUUAUGGUUUAGUUUAUACUGAUUCAACUAAUUUGGUUUCUUACUUGCGGAAACAAGUUAAACCAAAUAUUCAGCUUCUGUGGACAAUUGACACCAUUUUUGAAGUCGGUAAGAGGUUUAAAAAGUGUAUUAUCUACAAGGUACAUCGAGACCAGAUUCAUUCAGCACAUGUUCUGGCCAAGAGGGCAUCUACGGAUGGAAUGCAAUUUUCUUCAGGAGUGGGUAAUAAGGCGGUUGGUUAA